UUUUGUUUGUCAAAUUUGCAUCACAUGCACAUACAUGAGAGGAGUUGAGAGAUUAGAAAGAAGUACCUUUCCAACGGGCAAAAUCUAAAAUCAGAAAAUAAAGAAAAGAGUUGUUCAGUGACUCCAGUCUGUCUUGCGAGAAUCAGGAGUUUUAAAAUCAUUGAGCCCAUGUGACUCCGUGAGGCCCACUAUUACAGCGGCCUCUGCUUGUAAAAGGCCCCAAAUGUAAUUCGUCAUGGGAACGAAUCAUAGGCUGCUAAGUGCAUUGAACUCAAUCUUCCAACAAUGGGAAAUACAGGCACCGCAGAAUUCCUGGAACAUCAGCGGCGACCUAUGCAACGGAACUGCUCUGAGCCUAUACAAUUCCAACAAUCCGGCCAUCGCAUGUGAUUGCUCCUUCAACAGUGCUACUACCUGCCACAUCACCAGACUGAAAGUGGUCGCACUGAACAGACAAGGCGGGAUGCCGGAGGAGCUUUUGGCUUUCAAAUUCUUAACCCAUCUGGAUCUCGGGCUAAAUUACCUCACCGGUCCCUUGCCGGCAUGGAUUGGGAAUUUAUCUACAUUGCAGUACUUGUCUAUUCUCGCCAAUGCAUUCUCUGGGCCCAUUCCUAAGGAGCUUGGAAAUCUUAAGGAGCUAACUUAUCUAGCCUUUAGUUUUAAUAAUUUCUCUGGAAAACUCCCACUGGAACUUGGCAAUUUAGUCAAACUUGAACAACUUUACAUUGACAGUUGUGGAGUUGGUGGUGAAAUUCCCUCAACAUUUGCUAACCUUCUAAACAUGCAAUUCAUGGUUUUAUCAGACAAUCCUUUCACAGGGAAGAUACCUGAUUUCAUUGGCAACUGGACAAACCUUAUAUUAUUGAGACUUGAAGGGAACUCCUUUGAAGGUCCUAUACCAUCCAGUUUUUCAAAAUUAAUCUCUCUAAAAUCUCUGCGAAUCAUUGGUUUAUUCAAUGUAAGCUCUUCUCUCGAUUUCAUUAGAAAUUUAACGAGUUUAACUAACUUAAUUUUAAGAAAUGCAUUAAUUACUGGGAGUAUUCCAUCUCAUAUUGGAGAUCUCCAAUAUUUACAAAAUCUGGAUUUGAGUUUCAAUAACUUGAUGGGCCAAAUUCCAACUGCUUUGUUCACCAUAAGUUCUCUUAUAUACUUGUCUCUUGGAAGUAAUAGUCUGUCUGGGACCAUCCCUAGCAAUAAGAGUGUAAACCUAAAGAAUAUAGAUUUAUCUUACAAUUUUCUGUCUGGAAGCUUUCCCUUAUGGGUGUUUCCCCCAUCGUGGAACACAGGCUCACAACUGAAUCUGGUAGCCAACAACUUCACAUUUGACAAUUCAAACAUAAAUCUUUUUCCAGGAUUGAAUUGUCUUCAAAGAAGCUUCCCGUGCAGCAGGAACUCUCCACACUGUAAGCUUCUUUUGCUGCAUUGCCUUGAGAUAGCUUAUACUUGGCAUUAUGCUGUUAUCACAGAAAGAAACCUCAAUAUCAAUCAUUCUGAUCUUGGCCAAUUGAAAUAUGCAUGCGUCAAUGGCAAUUAUGCAAACUUCGCAAUCAAAUGUGGUGGCCCAGAGGUGACUGUGGAUGGGAUAACAUAUGAGGCUGAAACCUCUUCUCUUGGCAUAGCAUCAUUUAAUGUAAUCGAUACCAAGAAAUGGGCAGUUAGCAAUGUGGGUUCCAUUAUUGAUGAAACUUUUGAAGGCUAUAGGCAAAACAGCUUGGAACCAGUGAGAAACACAAAGUCGCCAGAGCUUUAUCAGACUUCAAGGAUAUCCGCUGGAUCACUCAGAUACUAUGGCUUAGGCCUAGAGAAUGGGCCUUACACAGUUAACUUGCUUUUUGCGGAAACAGCUCUCAGAGAUCGCAGCAUCCAUACUUGGGAAAGUCUGGGAAGGCGAGUUUUUGAUAUUUAUAUUCAGGGAACCAUUGUAUUGAAGGAUUUUGACAUAUCAAGCGCGGCAGGUGGGGUUAAUAGAGCAAUCACUAAGGAUUUCAUUGCUACUGUAUCAGAGAACCAUCUUGAAAUUCACCUAUUAUGGGCUGGUAAGGGAACUUGUUGCAUACCACCAGCAGGUUCCUUCGGACCAUCCAUUUCAGCAAUCAGCGUGGUUUCAAAUUUCACCCCAAAAGAGAAUAGGACUUGGUUGAUUGUUGGUGUUGCAGUUCCUGUCGGAGUUGUCACCUUCACCUUGAUAUUGAUAUUUGUAGUCUUCUACUUGAGAAAGAGAAAUGAUGAUGAUGAGGAAGGGCUUCUUGGAAUAGGACCCAGACCAAACACCUUCAGUUAUGCCAAGUUGAAAGCUGCAACAGAUGACUUCAGUCCCUCAAAUAAGUUAGGAGAAGGGGGAUUUGGUCUGGUAUACAAGGGUAAACUUUCUGAUGGGCGGGUAGUGGCUGUGAAGCAGCUUUCAGUAGCAUCUCACCAAGGGAAGAGUCAAUUUGUUACUGAGAUUGCUACCAUAUCUGUGGUGCAACAUCGUAACCUUGUUCAAUUGUACGGAUGCUGCAUCGAAGGAAAUAGACGCCUCCUUGUUUAUGAGUAUCUUGAGAACAAAAGCCUUGACCAAGCACUCUUUGGAAAAAGAGAGUUGCAUCUUGACUGGCCAACCAGGUUCAGUAUCUGCCUGGCAACUGCAAGAGGACUAGCUUAUCUUCAUGAGGAAUCGAGGCUCAGGAUCAUACAUAGAGAUGUGAAGGCAAGUAACAUUUUGCUUGAUGCAGAGCUGUGUCCGAAAAUAUCUGACUUUGGAUUGGCAAAGCUAUAUGAUGACAAGAAAACUCACAUUAGCACCCGCGUUGCAGGAACUAUUGGCUAUUUGGCGCCAGAGUAUGCAAUGCGUGGCCACCUCACUAAGAAGGCAGAUGUUUUUGGCUUUGGUGUUGUUGCUUUGGAAAUCGUCAGUGGAAGACCAAACUCUGACAGCAGCCAGGACAAUGAGAAGAUCUAUCUUCUUGAAUGGGCAUGGACUCUGUAUGAAAGCAACCAAUGUCUUAGUCUGGUGGAUCCAACCCUAGUGGAGUUUGGUGAAAAUGAAGCUUUAAGAAUGAUAAGAGUGGGACUCCUGUGCACGCAAGCAUCACCAAUGAUGCGACCCCCCAUGUCAAGGGUUAUAGCUAUGCUUGCUGGGGAUAUUGAAGUGAGCCCUGUUGCAUCAAAACCAAGUUAUUUAACUGACUGUGAUUUUGAGGACAUAACAGCCAGCAUAGAGGUUGAAAACACACCAUCUACUGGAUCCGAGCAUGGUGAUAACAAGAACAAGAACGAUCUUAAUCCAGGGAUAGAGCUGAUGCCUUCUCCAUCAAACAUUACUGAAUUCAGUGACAAUAUUGCGAAAGGAAGGUGAGAGAUGUUUUUCCUUAAAAGCUCCAUUUUGCCACUUCUCUUGCUUUGACCUUUGCCUCAUAUUUUCUAGCUCAAUAAAAUAGAUACUGAAAUUGUGUGAAUUUCUGUCAUUCGAACCCUUUCCUUUAUAUGUUGAUCAUUUCUGUGUGUAAAUUGAACUGAGAUAUUGAAAUAUUGGCAUGCAAUAAGGCUGCAGUGUUUGUAACUCAUGGAUGUCAUUCCUAUCAUCUAGUAUUAUACUUCAAAGCUAUAGGAUUGUUUGUAAUUCCAUGUAACGUAAUUGUGUCUUUUUUCUGGGGUUUUCUUUUUCCUCUUUGUUUUUACACACCACCUCUAGCACAUGCCACACCACUUACUCCAGCCAAGACUCCAGCCAAGAUAUCAGCUCCUGUGUUUACAACCGACUCCAAAUCAAUCUCAACAGUCGAA